AUGGCUUCAAAUGUGGGCCGAAAAAUUACACAGUAUGAGGUCGUAGAACUUUUUACGAAGGCUUUUAACCGCAUCAGAAAUAUAGAGAAAGCAGCAAACGGAUUGCGCGCAGCUGGUAUUUGGCCCAUAGAUACAACUAAAUUUGAUGAACAGUUUGUAGAUGCAGCAACAUCAUCACUGGAAGAUCCCAGCAUUUUACAAAGAGCAGUGACCCCUGAUUCACAAAUAUUACCAACAUCAAUUGGGCAGCAAAGACCAGCCACACCUUUGGUUAACUUAAAUGAAUCCAUUCCACUUACAAAUAUUGUUAAUGUUCUCAUAAUGCCACAACAAAAGAGUAAACAAACUUCCAGAAAAAAACAUUCUACUGUAACAACGAGCACUCCGAUGAAAGACAGUCUUGAGGAAAAAGAACAAAAAAAGAAAUAUAAAGAGCAGAUAAAAGAAACUGAAAAGACCGUAAAUACAAGUAAAGGAAAAAAGGAGUGA